UCAAACCAAUCAAAAUAAAGGAAAACGAAAGGGUACCAAAGAUGACGGCUUUGGUGUGAAGAUAUUUUCUGAAAAUUCAACUGCACCGCCAUUAAAGCCAUGUAUUAUAAAAAGCUGUUUAACACUUGGAGAUAAUUUACUAAUAAAUGGACACAGGUUUAAAAACAAGUUGAUUCCUGUUGUAAAGGUAAUGCGCGCUUCGUGUAUCUUGACACACUUACUUACUGAGUAAACCGGAAGCGUAUAAUGCAUCGUUUCUUUUUGUAUUCUCCGUAGUGUAGUGUAAACAAAUACACAAGUGUCAAACUACAGUAGUAGACCGAAUAGUCUAGUUCUCGUUCUCUGGUAUGCAUUAGUUUAUUAUGCAAUAUUAGAUUUUUAUCUAUGCUUUCAAGAUAAUGCCAAUCGAAAAAUUCAUGAUUCCAUCUGUUCGUCCAAGAACUAAGAUUAGACCUUCUGAAAACAGUUGUUUUAGAUCUAUUAAAGUAGCUAGAUCUACAUCUCAGGCUAAGGAAAUGCCAAUGAGCCCAAUGGCAAUGAUGGAUGGAAACACAGAAUAUGCUGAGAUGAAACGUAAACUCUGGGAAACUGAACAGACACUACGCAAUUUAAAGAAUCUCGAAAAAGAAGUGCUUAGUGAAACGUCUGAACUAGUUUCAUCAGUGAAUGAGCAACCUACACCAUCAUAUGGAUGUGAUGUGGUGCACGAUGGAACUGGUAGUUUGAGAUCUAUUCCUGAGUCCUAUUCACGCUUUGCUAGUCAUAAAAUACAAAGCAGCACACCUGGCAGAAAUCAGCAGAAUUAUUCACCUUCCGAUACCUAUAAAAAUAAUGAAUCAGAGAAUAGUUCUCUUUCUUCAACCUCUUCCAAGCCAAAUGAAGUGUCCAAUAAAUAUGAGAGAAAGUUAUUGUCACAGAAUCAAAGACUUUUAAUGGAAGUGGAGCGCUUGAUAGGAGAGCUACAUAAAUUAAAACUAGAGGGUGCCUCACUUGAACAAGCUGCUGUAUUAGCUAAACAGAUUCCAGAUUUGGAGGAUAAAAUAGAAGAACUAGUUGCUGAAACUAAAGCACAAGAUAAAGCUCUAAGAGAGGCUGAGAAACAUCUUGAAGAAAGUGUGAAGAGAAGUACAGAACUACAGAGGAAACUAGAGCAGUCAGAAAAGAACAACAUAGAGCUGACGUUGGAGCUCGAAAGAGUCCGCUUUGCCAAAACAGAAGUUGAAGAACAAAGGGAUGAAGCUUUACAAAAUGUGAUUGACGCUCAAGAUGCAUUAGAAGAUUAUCAGAAAAGAAUAAAAGAGAAAAUUAAAAAGAUGGAAAACUUUGAGGAUGAACUCAGGGACACGUUGACACGUACCACUCAGGAGAGAGAUGAUUACAUGGAUCAGUUGACAGAUAUUCAAUCAUCAGUAGCAUCACAGGAAGCUCAGAUCAACCGACUGCUGAAUGACGUAGAAAAAGAAACAACCCGCAGGAUGGAAGUAGAGGAGGAGAAGCUUGCACUACAGGAACAGUUGAAAUUGUUGUCUUGUGAACUUGACAAGCUAGAUGAAGAAAUGAAGGAAAUGAAGGAAAUAAAGAAACAGAAAAUCUUUCUGGAAUCAGAAAUGCAAGAGCAUCGCAAACUUGCCCAGGAGAUAGCUGAUCUUCUUAUUCAAGUCCAUCAUAACCACAAUAAAAUUGCACUGGAUGACAGUGGCAACUUUAGCUUGCCUACCAAGUAUGAGGUUAGAAUGUGGCAGGAUGAGAUCUUGUCAGAUGCUGUUUUAAACACCAACAACAAUGGACUGGAAGAACUCAACUGUAAUAACAAUGGACUUUCUUGUGAAGGUGGUGGUACCACUAUGAUGGCUGAGUUGAGGAACUUGUUUACCAAUAUGGAUGGUGAAAUUCAGAGACUUCGCUACGACCUAAAGCAGAGAGACGCAGAUGAUCGCACAUACCAAAAUCUACAUGAUGAGUUAAAAGUUCUUAUGGAUAAAGUAGAGUCAGGUGUGAGGACCAAUCAAGAAUUGGAGUUCACUGUUUGUGCCUUAGAAGAUGAGAAAAGAACCCUAAAUCUCAAACUAGAUGAAACACUUCACAGCCUAGCAGAGCGAGAGCGACAGAUUCAAUGUUUAGAUACUCGCCUGAAUGAGCGAAACCAUCAAGUGGUGUGCCUACAGGAGGACAAUGCAAUGAAAGCUCAGCGCCUCUGCGCCCUAGAGAAAGACUUAGAUUGCUGCGAGCGCCGACUGAAACUUGCCAGCUCUGGGAGCAAUGAGAGUCUAGAACAACUCAAGGCAGCAGAGGAGCGAAUCAAAGAGCUGGAAGAAAUUCUCAAAUGCAAAGAAAACUCUCUUCAGGACAUGCAGAAUCAGAUUGUCAAGUUGCAAAAGGAUAUGCGUUGUCAGCAACAAAAGUUGGAAAAGAAAGCUGAAUGCCUCACUCAACAAGUCUACGAAUAUCAGAAGCAAACAGAUCAGCUGUCCUCUGACAAUGAUUCAAUGCGCCAGAAACUUGCUGUCUGCAAUAAAGCUUCUGAAGAGUGCAAGCGAUGUCUUCGAGCAAGGGAGGACCAAAUCAGAUGCUUAGACCUUCAGAUUGAGGAGCUGAAAUAUACUUUGGAAGAAAAAGAUAAACUCCACUGCAAAGUAUUAGAGUCAUAUCAGCAGAAAAUAUGCAAAUCCAAUGAACAGAUUAAAAACCUUGAAUGUGCACUUAUGAUGUGUAAGAAUGAAGUACAGAUGCAUUUAGAAACCAUGGAGAAAAUUAAAAACCAUUUUGAGUGUGAACUUUCCAACAGAGAUGGCUGUAUCAAACACCUUCAGGAAGAACUAAGAAAAGCAACAGAAGAUUUAAAAUGUAGAACUGAAGAAAACUGUAAUCUGGAGCAAACUUUAAGUGAUGCCAACACAAAAUUAGCCAACUCUUAUAAUCAGCUAAAGUCUUGUGAUCAGAAUGUACUUUGUUUGACUGAGAAGUUGAAAAGUACAGAGAAUCAGAUGCUCAAAGACAAAGCUUGCUAUAUGAAAGAAACGGAAGAACUGGAACGUAGAUUAGCACAGGCAUUGAACAGUCUUCAGUGUACUCAUGAUGAAAUAGGCAAGCUGAAAAAUUUCCUACAAGAUAAAUCCACUAUGGUUGACUGCCUCCAGGUAGAAAAGAAUAGCCUUGUCCGUGACCUCACAAAGUGUAAAGAGGUUGCAUGCUGUUUGCAGGACAAGUUGGGAAAAAUGGAAAAAGAUAACCAAGAACUUUGUCGACAAUUACAGCAGAAAAUGGACUGUAUCCGGGACAUGGAAAGCAUUAUGUGCACUAAAGAUCAAGAAUUAAAAUGUUGUCAGAGAUUCAUUGAGGAACUGCAGGAUAAACUCAAAUGUUUGCAGGAUAAUUCUAGCUCUGGGGCAUCUGCUUCUCUUCAAGAUAAGAUCAAAAGCUGCAGGGAAGAAUUACUCUGUCAGUCUAAAAUGUUAUGCGAAUGUGAAGAAGCCUUAAAACGUUGCCAGAUGGAAUUAAGAGACAAAUGUGAAGAGAUUAGAAUGCAAAACUGCACUAUUGAGGAGUUGAACUGCAAGCUUCAUGAGCGUAUUGCUCGGGUGGACGAGCUUGAAAAGGCCAUUGAAAAUUUGAACAAAGACAUUGACAAGAGAAUGAAGAGAGUUGAUGAGCAGCUCAAGAAAUAUGAAUGUGAGCUUUGUGACAAGGCAAAACAGAUUGCUGAUUUGGAUGAUUGCCUGACAAGAUGCCAACACAAUCUGAAUGAGAAAGCCAACGAAGCAUGUGUCUUGGAACAAAAGAAUGCCAGGCUGUGUUCAGACUGGAAUGCCUGUCAGUUGAAACUGAAAGAGUGUGAAGAGACCAGAGAAUGUCUAGGAAAGGCUUUGAGUGAACAGAGAGCAGAAAAUGCAGAACUGGCUCAGGAACUGCGUGUCAACAGAGAACACCUACAGCAGAAACACCAGGAACUUGUGGAUGCCCAGCAGACUCUUUGUGCUUGUAACAGAGAACUUGAACGAACACGACGAGAGUGCGAUGAUCUCAGAAACUGUCUAUCGCAAAGAGAAUGUGAGAUUCAACAUCUGUCUGAAGAGAAGAAUUGCUUAGUAAGUAAGGUGGCUCACCUGACUUGUAGGCUGGAGAAUGAAACUUGCCAACUACAAAACCAGAUGGCAGAAAUGAAAUGCAGAUUAGAAAAAGAGAAUGAAUCAUUAAGAAUCUACCAAGGUGAGAUAGAAGAGAAUAAUGCUUGUCUCCUACAAAAACUCUCAGCAUGUCAACGCCAGCUGUCUCAAGUAGAGAAAUGCUGUCACCAGAAACUGGACUGUAUGAACCGAGAGCUGGAAGACUUGAACAGCAAGCUGGCUGACAGAGAGGAUCAAAUAGCCCAGUGUAAAGAAUGUUUGAAUCUCAAGGAAAAUGAAAUUAUGCGUCUAAAACUUCGACUUUGUAGUACCGAUCGCUGUGGUGACAACUGUUCCAACAACCAUUGUUUUAGCAACAGUAAUAUUCCUGUCUUUACCCUGAGUGACUUGGACAACUCUAAACUGGAUAAGAUGGAGAGUCCAUUGCUCUUGAAUGUCUCUCAUCUCUGUAGUAGCAGCAGCACGGCCAGAUCUGCUGAUGAUUUGAGUGUCCAAUGGAGCUUGAAUGGAAACAGAGAUUCCAGCACCAAUGUGAUCCAAGCAAUCUCAAAGGAUGAUCAUGUUUUUGAACCUGAUUGCCAGCUUAGUAAUGACUCUUCAAAUGCCAGAAACAGCAUAGGGGCUAGUGAAGUUCAAGAACGACUCCGCUCUAACCAAAUGCGACAAAUUGAAAUAGAAAGACAAUUGAAGUGUUUGGAAGAAGAAACAGUUGUUGAAAGCCCUCCCAUCUUUCAGACUGGAGCUGAGAGCCGAGCCAGUCCAGACCUAUUGACCAUCGUGUGAACAUCCUUGAACUUAGUCUUUCAGUUCCAUUGCUUUGAAAUAGACAACACAUAGUUAAACUCAAUGAAUAGUCCUAUAAAUCUUAGAGAACAUCCAAUGGGCUGUCAAUAGAACCACAUGGUACCACUAGUAUUAGAACAUUGGAGUAGAGGAGACUAAGUUUCACACUGAACACAAUGCCCAAAAAUUGCCAUGAAAUAUUUUGAUAAUAAAUAUAUUCUACUAUAUACACUCUAUUGUGACACUUUCCAAUCUGACCAUUUUGAAGUAUUCUUAUUUGAACAAUUUGAACAGGAAUGUAUUCUAGUACAGUGAUGAGUUUCCAAAAAUAGUGAAAAAAAAACCAAGAAGAAUAACUUAACUUUUAAAUGUUUAGGUUCAUUGAAUCAAAUAAUUUCUUAGUGAAAAGAUCAGUAUUAUCAGAGAAUGCAUUUAAAGAACCAUUCAUUGUAUUGCCUGCCCUAUCAUCUUCUAGGAGAAUCUUGUCAAACAGUGAGAUAUUGUAAUGACAUGUGACCAACAAGAUUCUCUAAAUAUGAACAUUGGGAAUGAAGCAGAUCCAUGUUUGGAUGUAGAGGAUACAUGUUGUUGGUCACUCUACUGAAGUCUCUUUGUGUAAUGCUGUGGAUAGUUUACAUGUGUGAUAGCCACUCUUGUUAGUUCUAGAUGUAUCUCUAAUCUGAAAAAAAUAAAAUGUUUGCAAGCCAAGAAUAACUUUGGUUGCCUUAAUGAAUUUUUCUCACAAAUUUGAGCAAUCUGGAAUAAACAUUCAGAACUCACUCA